GCCAGUUGCUGUAUAAGGACUUGUUUGUGAUACUUAAAAUAACCUUUUUUUACUAUCUGUAUAGAAGUGUUUAAAUAAUUCACAUGUGGACUGUAGGCUGUUAGAAGGACUAUAUGUGUUGUCCAUUAACAUCAAUAGCAGUUUAUUUGUCCACAAGUACUACUUUUAUUUGCUGUAAGCUGAACAUGAAUGUGAAUGUGAUAUUCUAUUACACUUUUUCCCAAGCGCCAUUGCAAAGUAUGUUUUUACGUCACGUGCAAUAAAAUUUGUGAAAAUGUAUAAAAAAUCUUGGAAAAUAAGAGCGAGAACCGGUGGAAUAAGAAGAAAAAUUGCAAAAGAAUAUUUGAAAAUAAACAGUCGAUUGACAACGACGCCCGGAAAUGAGCCCGUCGAUAAGGCUUCAACAAGUGCGACUUCAACCGUUGUUGGUGGUUCCGUACAUGAUCCAGAGGAAAAUAUUAUGCCUGAACUUGAAAGUUCCCUUCAAAAUAUACAGAUAUCUGAGUGUGGUGAUUGCAGUUCUAGUGAUAGUGAAUACAAUUUUGAUUUGGAUAAUUGUUUAACCUUUCGCAAAAAAAUAAGAACAUGGGCUAAUGAAAAUCGUAUUCCUCAUUCUGCUUUGAAUAAAUUGUCAAACAUAAUAAACGAAUUUAAACCAGGAACACUACCUUCUGAUGCUAGAACAUUUUUAUGCACUCCCGUUAAUGUCAUUUUAAAAAAUGUAGAAGGAGGUCAAUACUGGCACAAUGGGAUAGCAAAACCUUUGAAGAGCAUUUUGCUAAAUUGGACGGAUAUUCCAGAUAUGAUUUCAAUUAACAUAAAUGUGGAUGGUUUGCCUAUUUUUAAAAGUUCCACAAAUGAAUUUUGGCCCAUAUUAGGUAACAUUUUUGAAAAUCCCAGGAUUCGGCCUUUUAUUAUUGGAAUCUAUUUUGGGAAAGGAAAACCAAAAAAAUUAAAUGAAUUUUUAGAAGAUUUUGUAAAUGACAUGAAGAUAUUAUUAGAAGAAGGUCUUGUAGUUGAGCGCUUAGAGAAAACUAUAAAGAUACAAAUCAGAUGCUUCAUUUGUGACUCGCCAGCUAGAGCUUAUAUUAAAGGAGUCUGCAAUUUUAACGGUAAACACGGCUGCCAUAAAUGUACUACAGUUGGAGAAUAUUCGCAUACCACACAUACCGUCACAUUUUCUGAGUCUUUGUGUCCUGAAAGGACAAAUGAAGGAUUUAGAAACAAAAUUUAUGGCUUGCAUCAUAAAAAUGACUCUCCUUUAUUAAAUCUUCCUAUUGACAUGGUGAACCAAUUUAUUGUAGCCGAUUCACUUCAUUUGAUCGACUUGGGUGUUAUGAAGAGAUUACUGAUUGGUUGGCGUGACGGCAACUUUGGCAAAUAUAUUACUAAAAUGCGGGCAAGUGAUAUUGCACUGGUUUCAAAUUUUCUAUGCAACUGCAAACUGCCUUCAGAAGUGCAUCGAGCAGUGCGAGGUUUAGAUUCAUUAGCACAUUGGAAAGCGUCAGAAUUUAGAGCAUUUUUUCAUUAUUUAAGUAUUGUCAUUUUGCCUGAUGUUAUGAACAAUGAAGCUUAUAAUCAUUUCUUAACACUAUAUUGUAGUAUAACAAUCUGCUCAACAGAAACAUACCGAACUUUGUUGCCAUUAGCAAAGGAGCUUCUGGAACAUUUUGUAAAAUUUUACAAAGACUUCUAUGGUUCAGGCUACGUUACAAGCAACAUACACAACUUACUACACCUGACGAAUGAAAUUGAAAUGUUUGGCCCUCUGAUGACAUUCAACGCAUAUCCCUUCGAGAAUAUGUUAUUUAUGAUCAAAAGUAUGUUGAGAUCAGGAAGAAAACCACUGUCUCAAGUUGCCAAACGAUUGGCUGAAAAUAUGGAUGAUAUUCAUUUUCAAACACAUAAAGACAAGAAAUAUCCUUUUGUGAACACAAUUAAAAACAAUAAUGUAUUAAAUUUUGAAGAUUUUAAACUUUCCAGCAAAGAAAAAGACAGUUAUUUACUUACCAAAUGCAACGAGGUUGUUAAAAUUUGCUGCGUAAAAUUCAACCACUAUAAGAUUUUGAUUAAAGGAAAUAAAAUCAACAACACAGAAGACGUUUUUGAAUAUCCAAUAAAAUCGUCUCAUCUUGCGAUAUACAAAUCAAGAUGUCAGCAGAAUAGUACCCAUACUUUGAUCGUCUUAGAACCAAAAGAGAUUAAAUGUAAAUUAGUAUGUAUUGAACACAAAGAAUUUAAUUUUUUUAUCCCUUUGUUACACACAUAUAAAUAA